AUGGCGUCUCACGAAUCCAGGCGAGGUACUCGGAGAGUAAAUCUCAUGGUUGAGCCGGCGCAAGGACGUCGAGAUGGAAACUCUGGUGCUGGUACAAGUAACGUAGGUCGAUACUAUAGGUCUAUGACCCUUACUGACUUCCUUAAGAGUGGUCCACCUCAGUUUAACGAAAACGUCAAUGCUUUGGAGGCUGAUCAGUGGUUUCGAGAUGUGGAGAGGUUUUUGUACACUCAGCAUGUUCCUGAAGUACAGUCAGUGGAGAUAGUGACUUAUAUGUUGGAGGGAGAUGCUCAAAAUUGGUGGCAGGAGCUAUGUAAUACAUUGCAGGUGGAGUUAACAGAUAUCCCUUGGAACAGAUUUAAGACAGAAUUUUACGGGAAAUAUUUCUUGCAUUUAAUUUGCACUGCAAAGGAGUUUGAGCUAACGCACCUGAAGCAAAAGGAUAUGUCUGUUGCUGAGUAUACCCGGAAAUUCAAUAACUUGUGCCAUUUCUCGAAAGCUUGUUAA